AUGGCCAAAACCUUCAACAUUCUCGUCCUACCCGGCGAUGGCAUCGGCCCCGAGGUCAUGGCCGAAGCCGUGAAAGUCCUCAAAGUCUUUGAGACGCCCGAACGCAAGUUUGAACUGCGCCAGGAGCUGAUUGGAGGAUGCAGCAUUGACGCUCAUGGCAAGUCUGUGACUGAAGAAGUCAAACAGGCUGCCCUAGACUCAGAUGCAGUGCUCUUCGCCGCAGUUGGGGGUCCGAAAUGGGACAAUCAACGUCGUGGUCUUGAUGGUCCUGAGGGAGGACUACUCCAACUACGAAAGGCCAUGGAUAUCUAUGCGAACCUACGCCCGUGCUCUUCUACCUCGCCGAGUGCUUCUAUCGCCAAGGAGUUCAGCCCGUUCAAGCACGAUGUUAUUGAAGGUGUUGAUUUUGUUGUCGUGCGGGAGAACUGCGGGGGAGCCUAUUUUGGACGGAAGGUCGAAGAAGAAACAUACGCAAUGGAUGAAUGGGGUUACUCCGAAGCCGAGAUCCAGCGUGUUACCCUGGACAAGACCAUGGCAGCCGAGUACCCGCAAGUCAAAUUGGUGCACCAGCUUGCCGACUCCGCGUCAUUGAUUCUAGCAACGAACCCGCGAUCCCUGAAUGGGGUUAUCCUGGCUGACAAUACCUUUGGUGACAUGAUCUCCGACCAAGCUGGGUCUAUUGUGGGUACGCUGGGUGUGUUGCCGAGUGCCAGUCUCAACGGUCUGCCUGGUGAUAAGACGCUGAAGACACGACCUUACGGGCUGUACGAGCCUACGCAUGGAUCUGCUCCGACUAUUGCUGGCCAAAAUAUUGCCAACCCGGUUGCUAUGAUCCUUUGCGUUGCGCUUAUGUUCCGAUACUCUUUGGGCAUGGAAGACGAAGCUCGACGUGUGGAGGAUGCGGUGCGUAAAGUGCUGGACUCAGGGCUUCGGACGCCUGACCUCGGGGGUAAGGCUGGAACUAAGGAAGUGGGCGAUGCGAUUGUGUCUGCACUAUAG